AUGUUUGCUAGUGCUUCUACAUUCAACACAUACAGCCCAGAACACAAGAGGGUACCAUCACUUUCCUCAGUUUCGUCAUCAAAUUCAAUAGUCGAUUUCAGCUCGGGAGACUUACUACCAGAUCUUUGGCAAAUUUCAUCCAACGAGUCAGUAGAGUCUGACUAUUCAAGCGCUUUUACAUUCUCCAAACGGCCACAACUGCAAUUACACGAACAACCACAACCACAAUUGCAACAGUUACAACCACAACUACACUCGCCUUGCUUCAGCCCCUUCCGGGGCAAUACACAAUUUUCACCGUUCAAUGAUGUUCGGGGUACAGUAGUGUUUCCCGAGGUGAGCGCAAUUUCUCAAAAGCACCUGCCCAUACAGAGCACCUCUCCACUAUGGCAUAACCCUUCCUCGCAAUCAUCCAUUUGCCAACCAACAUGGACCUUACAAAAGCCACUGGUCGUCGUUCAUGACCCACAACAAACACAUUCACGAGACAAUGAAGUCCCACGCAGCUCCCCUCCAUACCAGCCCCCCAAGACGAAAUCAGUAAACACUCAAUUAUACAAGACAGAAUUGUGUGGACCAUUUAUGAAGACAGGGUGCUGCCCUUACGGUCUCAAGUGCCAGUUUGCACACGGAGAAGCAGAAUUGAAGCACAUUGAGCGACCACCAAAAUGGAGAUCAAAACCGUGCGCCAAUUGGGCAAAACAUGGAAGCUGCAGCUCAUCCUUAAAAGAAAGGCUCGGCACUUUGAAAUCAAUUGAGCUGAAUUUGGAUGUCAUUGAAAAGAUUGAGUUGCAAGCUGUUGCAAAUGCGUUGCUCAGCACAUACAACUUUUACCAAGACACCGACUCGAGAAAUGCCGUGCUAAAUGCAUUGCUCAGGAUAUGCACGACAGAGGAGAAAUUCUUGCCAUAUUAUGUGAAUUUCAUCGCAAAAGAGACUUCAGGGACAACCUUGGCCAUCACGGACUACUUGACUCUCCUUCAAUGGAUAAACACAUUCAACAUAGAGCUAGCAAGAAAAAAGAGUCUCGGUGGAGAGUGUGUCACGCUUCAAGCCAAGCUAUUUGUCAAGUGCACCGAACAUGAAACCAAGUCAACCAGACAUUUGGAUAGAGUUACAAAGUCUGCCGUCACGGCAACGAAAACAAGCAUUGCCAAUACACUACUCGAAGAUGACACAUAUAUGGAUCUUGUAAUUGAUGAGGAAUGUUUUGCUUUGUUUGGCGUGUUGAACACUGCAGCAAACGAGCUCGUACCAAAGAAGCCAUCCAUACUUGAAAGGUUGAAGGGCAAUGACGCAAAGGUAUUGAAUAUAUUUAUCAACUUGGUCUUGUUAGGAAAAAAGUCUCCUUCUAAGUUUGAAGUUGAACAAUUUGGUCUGUGCGUGGAGACAUUGGUCAACGAGGAAAACUUUGCCUCGCUUUUGCUUCCAGCGAUUGAAAAGGCUAUCCUUAGGUCUUCGGAAAACUCUUUUGGCAUAGUGCUUCCCAUAUUCUUCAAGCAUCUACAGGUAAAAAUUACACCAUCGCAAAAGCUCUUAUCUUCAAUCAUAUCCGGAAUCAAGUCCCAGAAAGAGCACGUUAGGGUAGGUGCAUUUGAAACAUUGGAGUUGGUGAUUGCAAAUUCAAAAGAAGACAUUUCUGACGAGAUAAUCAAAGCCAUAAAAACAACAACAAAUGCAGAAUCAAAAUCAUUGUUGAUAAAAAGUCUCAUCAGAUCCACUGCUUCUGAAAAGGUGAUAGACGCGUUACUUCCUCUAGUGGCAAAAGAACAAAAUGAGAUGUCGUUGAGCAGCUUGGUUGACGUCUUUGCAUACCACACUUUUAAAUCAGACAAAUUUGACGACAAUGUAGUCAAAGCAUUCGCUACCGGAUUCAAGUCAAAGUUCAAACGCGUGUGGUUUGUCGAGUAUGGGAAACACGCCUUAGGUAAACAACAACCAGACUUUGAUGCCGUCUUUACUGAAACGUUGUCUGAAAUUGAAAAAUCACCAGCGGCAAACAUCAAAAACAUUGCGUGCGCGUUUGUGGUACUAGCACUCACCCACAAGGACUCCUCCUUGCUUGAUGAGACAAAGAUUUUCGAGAAAUUGGACGCCACCGACUUGUACUGGUUUGUAAAAGAUUUGUACAACCACCCUAGAGGAUGGUUGUAUGUGCUCACCGGAAAGAAGGUUCCCUACAGCGUAAAGAAACACGCACAAGAACGGUUCAAACAGGAGAUCGAGGUCAACUUGUCGUUGAGUGAUGGCAUCAUUGACGAGGCAUACGUGCUAGACACGGAAACACAUAAUCCGAGAGAUCUUAGUGUCGUAUUUUCCAUCUUAACUCAAGUGAAAUCAACUGAUCAAGCGAAAUCAAACGCCGUGAGAUUAAUCAUUGUGGCAAAUGACCCAAAAAUCCGCAUAAAUGGCGGCUGGAUCGGGCUUGUACAAAGAAGUGGACACAAGAUUGACAUUGGGACAUUGGUCAAACACAACUACGAACAGAUCUUUACCGAUUGUGUAUCUCAACAAACCCCAAACUCAAUAAAAGCCCUUGCCAUUACCGCGUUUGUCCAACCAAACUUAGCAGGGACAAUCACUAAAUUUAUCGAUGAAAGUUUGACUGUUGAGCACAUAGACGAGGUGUGCAAAGCCAUCUAUUAUGGAAAAGAGGGGGAAAUGGUGAUUGAUGUCACUGCAAAGAAACCCAAGGCGUUGGACAAGAAUGCCAGGGACUACGAAAUCAGAGCUUGGGAAGAGUCGAUUGGGAAAGAAUUGAAACAGGCCAAAAAAUUGACACCUGAAGAAAAGAAGCUCGUUGCGGAGCAAAUUGCCAAGGAGUCGAAGAUUAGAAGUGAAAUUAGCAGCACAGUCGCAAGAGUGAAUUUUGCCAUUGGAUUGAUUGACGAGCUAGCUGCGCAGGCCAGCGUAGUCAACAAUGGUGCCGAAUCCUGGCUUCCAACAAGCGUGAAAAAGUUGCUUGACUUGGCCAUUUCAGAAGGCGAUUUCUUCAAUAGCGCAUCCUCAUUUAUCAACCUCUCCACCUUGAUCUCCCCAAGAUUUGAAAUUUUGAAAAAAUUUGUUGGUGUGGCAACUUUACGAUUGUAUGGAGUCAAGGUGGAACUGCAAUACGAAGAGGAGCCAUUGGAAUCACUUCUUGGCAGAAUAUUAUACCGUGUCAAGAUAUUGAGCGAUCAAAACCCCUUGGAUGCUGUUUCCCUAGCCUAUGUCCUUCCAUUAUUGAUCAAAGUUUUGCAAAUUGGACAAACGGCCGCUUUCAAAAACUCAAAGAAAAUUGCAGUCACCUCGGAGUUUGUUGAGAAUGACCCGGAAGAAGAGCAUUUACUUUUGGGUGUGGAAAUUAUAUCUGCUCACGCUGAAUUGUUUGCUGAUGCAGGUAUCCCAAGAACUAGCAUUUUGACGAUUUUGGUCAGCCUCAUGGCGGUUCCAUCCAAAGCCAAGUUGGUGAAGGAAUGCUUUCUUUCGUUGUGCCAGUACAUUGCCGUAAACAUAUCUCAAGAGGAUUUACAGUUGUUGUUGGAAAAUGUGGUAUCUCCACAUGUGUUUGUCAGGUCAACCAUCUUGGAAGGAUUGGAUUCCGAAUUUGAACUAACCGAAUACUCAAAGGAAGUUUAUGUUGAGACUUACGACACCGACAACAAUUGCCGAGAGUUAGCGCAAACAAUCUGGGAGGACAACUCAUUGAGUGUUGCUGAUACAACAAACUUGCUUGCAUUGUUUGGUUUACAAGACGCUGGGUUGCGGUUAUCAGUGGCGCAAGCAUACAGAGACGCCUCGAUACAAACUCACCCCAACUUGGAAGAAUUGUUCAACUUUUACAUUGAAAAAAAGAACCCACCAGCACCAAAAUUGGACGAGUUUGGUCUUGUUAUAAAGUCGACGAUUGAUCAAAGAGACAGAUGGGAGGAGAGAUCCACCAUUGCCCUUGCACUCAAGUUUCUUGUACCACAUUUAUCUGAGUCCGACGUUGAAAAGCUUUUCAAGUUCCUUGUACAAGAAGCCUUGGGCGAUAAGGAUCAGAAUGUGCGCCAGCAGUAUCAAGAUGCCAGUGUUGCUGCCAUUGAAGUCCACGGAGCAAAGAAUGUUGAGGCAUUGAUUAGAAUCUUUGAAGAAAGCUUACAAGCAAAGAAUAUCAAAGAGCCCAUUGUUGUGUUGUACGGCACAUUGGCACGUCACUUGAAAUCAACAGAUGGCCGUUUGCAGGUGAUUUUUGAUCGUUUGAUGAAAUCGUUGGAUACGCCAAAUGUCCAGUUUGCCGUGUCCGAGUGUAUUGCACCUUUGGUGCCAUCUUUUAAAGACGAACUUCCGGGAUACUUUGAGUCUCUAUUUAACACUUUGUUUACUGGCAAAACCCUUGCCAAGCGUCGUGGUGCCGCAUUUGGUAUUGCUGGUUUAGUUAAAGGUGACGGUGUCCGUGCAUUGUCAGACUACGAUGUCAUUAGAACUUUAACCGACGCCUCUGAUGAUAAAAAAGAUGCAAUCAAAAGAGAAAGUGUUUCGCUAGUAUUUGAAAGUUUGUCCAAGAGUUUGGGGAAAUUUUUUGAGCCAUUUGUGUUUGAAAUUUUGCCAAUCAUUUUGAAAAGUCUUGGUGAUAUGCUGGGCGAGGUUAGAGUUGCCACUGAUAAUGCAGCAAAGGAGAUCAUGAAAAACACUACAUCAUUCGGUGUUAAAAAACUCAUUCCCUUGGCCAUUUCCAACCUUGAUGAAACGGCAUGGAGAUCGAAAAAGGGGUCAGUCGAGUUGCUUGGUGCUAUGGCUUAUCUUGACCCAGAGCAAUUGUCAGCAUCGUUGUCAAUCAUCAUUCCUGAAAUCGUUGGUGUAUUGAAUGACACACACAAGGAAGUUAGAAAAGCGGCCGAGCAAUCGCUCAAACGGUUCGGUGAAGUUAUCAGAAAUCCCGAGAUUCAACAAAUUGUGCCUUACUUGAUAAACGCCAUCGGCGACCCAACCAAGCAUUUGGACGAAGCAUUGGACAAAUUAACAAAGACCCAGUUUGUGCAUUACAUCGACAGCUCGUCGUUGGCAUUGAUCAUCCAUGUCAUCCAUCGUGCAAUGAAGGACAGGUCGGCCUCCACAAAGAAGAAAGCUUGUCAGAUUGUGGGUAAUAUGGCCAUUUUGGUUGACUCAAAAGACUUGCAACCGUACUUGAACGAGUUGGUGGAAGAGUUGGAGACUGCCAUGGUUGACCCAGUACCAGCCACGAGAUCAACGGCAGCCAGAGCAUUGGGUUCGUUGGUUGAGAAGCUAGGCGAGGAGCAAUUCCCUGGCUUGAUUCCAAAAUUGAUUGCUACUUUACAAGACGAGUCGAAAGCCGGGGAUCGUCUUGGUUCGGCACAAGCAUUAUCGGAGGUUGUAUGUGGACUUGGUACAAACAAGUUGGAAGAGCUUUUGCCAUCCAUUAUUUCUUCGGCAUCGUCACCCCGCGCGGCAGUCAGGGCCGGGUUUAUGCCGCUUUUGCUUUUCUUGCCUGUUUGCUUUGGUUCUCAGUUUGCUCCUUACUUGAAUCGUAUCAUUCCUCCAAUAUUGAAUGGAUUGGCUGACCAAGAUGAAGAGAUUAGAGAAACUGCAUUGAGGGCAGGUAGAUUGAUUGUUAAGAAUUACGCCAAAAAGGCUGUUGAUUUGUUGUUGCCAGAAUUGGAAGCAGGAUUGUCCAAUGAAUCAUACCGUAUCCGUCUUUCUUCAUUGGAACUUACCGGAGACUUGUUAUUCCAAAUCACUGGACUUUCUGGCAAAAACGAACUUGUUGAAGAUCAAAUGGUUAGCAAAACACUUGCACAAGUCUUGGGUCAAGAACGUCGUGACCGUAUCUUGGCAGCCUUGUUUGUUUGUCGUUCCGAUGUUGCAGGUAUGGUUAGAAAUGCUAGCGCCGAUAUUUGGAAAGCGCUUGUUGCCAACACUCCAAGAACAGUUAAGGAGAUUUUGCCCACUUUGGCAUCAUUGAUUGUACAAAAAUUGGCAUCCGAUGAUGAAACACAAAGGACAAUUGCUGCUCAAACUUUGGGUGAUAUGGUGCGUCGUGUCGGUGCCAAUGCAUUGCCACAAUUGUUGCCAUCAUUGAAAGAUGCCAAGGACCAAGAAGGUGCUUGUAUUGCGUUGACAGAGUUGAUCAAAUCCACUUCAUUGGAAGGACUCACCACUUACAAGGAUACAUUUAUCAGCAUCAUUUACGAUGGUCUUAUCACGCAGGACAAGCCUACUAGAAACGCUGCCGCACAAGCAUUUGAACAAUUAUACGAGCAAAUUGGCAAAGUGGUUAUUGAUGAAAUUAUCCCACAGUUGUUGUCGGAAUUGGGCAACUCUUCGGCAUCUUUACUCGCAUUGAAGGAAUUAAUGGCUUCAAAAUCAGAAAUCAUUUUCCCCAUCACGUUGCCUUCAUUGUUGGAGCCACCUGUUGAUGCAGUGGCUUUGGCCUCGUUGGCAUCGGUUGCAGGUACUGCAUUGUACAAGAGAUUGUCAACCAUUUUGAACACAUUGAUAGCUUCAAUCAUUGCUGGCGACGAAAUUUCAGAAGAGUUUAACCAAGUCUUGUUAUCGGUUGAAGAUGAUGGAGCGCAUUUGUUGAUGCAACAACUAUUGGCAUUGAUGAAGCAUGAGGAUCCACAAAUCAGAGAAGUCAUUUUUGCCCAAACUAAGGACUUUUUCGAACAUGCCACAUUGGACUACUCAAUGUACCUUGAGGAUAUUGUUUACCAAAUGAUUCUUUCCUUGGCAGAUCCAUCACCAAAAGUGGUCAAGGCUUCAAUGGAGUCGCUAACAGUUUUAAUCAAACAACAACCAAAGGAGUUGUUGGAAAAAUUGGUCAAGCCAUCGUACCAAGCACUCAGAUUAACCGGUGCCGCAGUACACGCAUUUGCCUUGCCAAAGGGGCCCAACUCUAUCCUCCCCGUAUUUUUGCACGGGUUGAUGUACGGGUCUUCUGAUCAACGUGAAUUGUCAGCGUUGGCUAUAGCUGAUAUCAUAGAAAAGACGCCAUCAGAAAACUUGCGUACUUUGGCAACAACAUUGACUGGUCCUUUGAUUAGAGUCAUUGGUGAAAAAGUGGCUUCCAACAUCAAGUCGGCCAUUCUUGUGGCAUUGAACAACUUGUUGGUCAAGAUUCCUCAAUUCUUGAGACCAUUCAUCCCGCAAUUGCAAAGAACUUUUGUGCGUUCGUUGAGCGAUGUUUCAAACGAUACAUUGAGAAAACGUGCAGUUGUGGCGUUAUCGACAUUGAUCAAACACCAGCCAAGGGUUGACUCUUUGAUUACCGAGUUGGUGACAAACUCCAAAUCCACUGAUGAUUCCGGAGUCAAGGCGUCGAUGUUGCAAGGAAUGUUGGCCGUGGUUGAGUUGAAGGGUAAGGAGUUGAAUGAAGCGUCAAAAACGAGUUUGCUAUCGGUGGUUGAAGAGGAGAGCAUUGACUCGGUCUCUUCUGCCAAGUUGUUGGGUUCUUUGGCCAAUGUUUUGACACCCGAGGAGACAACAGUUUUGUUGCAGAAAAAGGUCCUCAAUUCGCAAAGCAAGUUUUCAAUCUUGGCCAUAAAUGCAUUUUUGAAGUAUGCUCCAGAGUUAGUGAAGGGCAAUCACGAAGUUGUCGACUUUGUUGCCGCUUGUUCUGACUCCACCAAUCCAUAUAUUACUGACAAUGCCACAAUUGCCAUUGGUAAAUUGGUUCUCAGUGGUGUGAGUGAUGAAUCAUUGUACAAACAAUUGGCCAAGAACGCUAUUCAGCCCAACUCGGCAUCUCCAGAUACAAGAAGGUUGUCAUUGAUUGUGAUUAGGACUGCUGCUCAUAAAAGGGCCAUCCCUUACGAGUAUCUCGACUUCCUUGUCCCUAGUGUGUUUAGCUCAGUUCGUGAUCCGAUAAUUCCGAUCAAAUUGGCCGCUGAAAAGGCGUAUUUGGAAGUGUUCUCCGUUGUUGAUCUGGAGUUGAAGGUUUUUGACGAGUGGUUCAAUGGUAGGACCGAGAUUAGUACAGUCACUGGAGCCACAAUUGUGCCUAGAUCCGUAGGCGACUACACAAAGAGAGUUGCUGUUCGGUUAGCAAAUGUUGAGAGAGAGCGUAUCGAACAAGGUGGUGACGAAGAGACUUUGUUUAGUGAUCGGAUCGAAGACGAGAAAGAAAUUUGGUCCGUUGGUAUAUAA